GCAACAUGGCGGCGUCCGUGAGGGACUAGUUUUGGGAAAAGGUAGUGCUUGGUGCCGCUCAUUUUGGGACAUUGACAAACUGGAGCUUUCUGCGACCAUCCGAUUGAAGGAAGCGUGCCACUGAUAGGUGGACUGCUUUAGUGAUCGGCUCUCCGUUCUCACUCCCAAUUAGGAGCGGAGCCCUGAGCACUGAGCAGCAUGAGCAACAUCUACAUCCAGGAGCCUCCCACGAAUGGGAAGGUUUUAUUGAAAACUACAGCUGGAGAUAUUGACAUAGAGUUGUGGUCAAAAGAAGCUCCCAAAGCUUGCAGAAAUUUCAUUCAGCUUUGUUUGGAAGCAUAUUAUGACAACACCAUUUUUCAUAGAGUUGUACCUGGUUUCAUAGUCCAAGGGGGAGAUCCUACUGGCACAGGGACUGGUGGAGAAUCUAUCUAUGGAGCCCCAUUCAAGGAUGAAUUCCACUCACGGUUACGUUUUAAUCGGAGAGGGCUGGUUGCCAUGGCAAAUGCUGGUCCUCAUGAUAAUGGCAGCCAAUUCUUCUUUACACUGGGUCGAGCAGAUGAACUUAACAAUAAGCACACCAUUUUUGGAAAGGUUACAGGGGAUACGGUAUAUAACAUGCUACGGCUAACAGAAGUAGACGUUGAUGAGGAAGAAAGACCACGCAAUCCACAUAAAAUAAGAAGUUGUGAGGUUUUGUUUAAUCCUUUUGAUGACAUCAUUCCCAGAGAAAUAAAAAAGCCAAAAAAAGAGAAACCAGAGGAGGAAGUAAAGAAAUUGAAGCCCAAAGGCACAAAAAAUUUUAGUUUACUUUCAUUUGGAGAGGAAGCUGAAGAAGAAGAGGAGGAAGUAAAUCGAGUUAGUCAGAGCAUGAAGGGAAAAAGCAAAAGUAGUCAUGACUUGCUUAAGGAUGAUCCCCAUCUCAGUUCUGUGCCAGCUGUUGGAAGCGAAAAAGGUGAUGCAGCAGGAGAUUCAGCUAAUGAUGGAGAAUAUGAAGGUGCAGAGCAUGAUGAAUAUAUUGAUGGUGAUGGGAAGAACCUGAUGAGAGAAAGGAUUGCAAAAAAAUUAAAAAAGGACACCGGUGCAAAUGUGAAGUCCACUGGAGAGGGAGAAGUGAAGAAGUUAGUUACCUGCAGGUUACAGGGGAUACGGUAUAUAACAUGCUACGGCUAACAGAAGUAGACGUUGAUGAGGAAG